AUGGCCUACGUUGAGCCCGACACUUUGCUGCAUGGCCUGCAGAUGCCCCCCUCUGUCUGCCCUGACUGGUCCCGAGAGAGCAUUGACGAGACCGUCUCCUUGGCCAAGCUUUGGGACUCGAGGGGUUUGCUUUACCUUGCCAGGCCUCUGUUCAGGGUCGGGGAUGAGUUCCUCCUCUCACGGGCCUUUAACUGCUACAAGAACGAGCAGGUCGAUCGUCAGAUCAUUGACAGGAGGGGCCGCAACCACGCUGAGGCUAGGCUGCCGGGGCCUUCCCGAAACAUCCCCACCGGCCCUGGCCUUGCCUGCAUCGAGGUCGACCCGAGGAGAGAGACACUCCUGUGCAGCUCCACCGACAGAAAGGAUUUCUAUCAUCAGUUCCUGGUCACGGCCUCGAGAGCUCGUGCGAAUGCUGUCGGCCCUGCUGUCCCUGCUGCCGCCCUUGCUUCCACAGGUGCCUUUGCCAGGUUUGAGGUGCCCAGGUCGCGUUACCUCCGUGAGGUCUGGGGCGACUGCCUCAGCCCGGGCCCGGAUGGUUUGAAGCCACUCCUGUUCUCCCCUGACUCUGUCGUGGUUUGUUUCUCCGCCAUAGCGCAGGGAGACCAGCUCGGGGUUGAAUUUGCUUGCGAAUCGCACUUCUGUGUGUCCGUCGAGCCUGCGCGCCUGGAGCUUAGCAAGAUAGCCGGAGCAGAGCUGAAUUCUUCGGCCGGUGCUCGGGCGCUGGGCCUCGUCACCCUCUCGGCGCCUGCCAAGAAGAGGGCCGCCCUUUCCCUCAUCUCCCUCGAGGUGUCUGCUUUGUCACAUACCUCUGAUGCUUUGCACCUUAGCCUGCUGGGGGGUUGGACUUCUGCCCUCCUCUUCCGGAGACCUCUCAUGUCCGUGCUAUCCUGCUCCUAUGGCCUGGUGCGGGCUGACCGCUUUGACCCUCGCUACCCCAAGCUUGUUGGACUUCCACGCGGGGUCGCGCAGGAGCUGACGCUCCUGGCUGUCUUGGCCUCUUUGGCUUCGAGUGAGCUGUCUGCGCCCUUGGAUGGCGCCAUUUAUGCCACGGAUGCUUCCGAGGACAAAGGCGCCUUUGUCACUGCCGAGGCUGGCCUCCCUCUGGCGCGCGUUCUUUUCCGGACCGGCUCCAAGAAGGGGGGCUACUCGCGCCUGCUUGCACCUGAAGAGGCCCUCCUCUCCAAGCUGUCUGACCCUGAGCCUUUCCAACUUAGGGCCGUCGAUGCACCGCUUUUGGAGAUUGAAAGGCCUCUGGCUUUCGUGUAUGACUUCAUUGAGGUCUGCGGCGGUAGUGGCCGCGUCUCUGCUGAGCUUAAGGCUCGUGGCUGGGCAUGCGGCCCUGUGCUUGACAUUUCUCAUAGCCCUCACUUCAACCUCUGCUGGCUGCGCACUUUGGAGUGGCUCCUUUUCCUUCUGGAAAACUCCCGACUUCGCUCCUUUGCAGUCGAGCCCCCGUGCACUACGUUUUCUCCUGCGGCCUUUCCGGCCCUUCGCUCCUACAAAGAGCCCAGAGGCUACAACCCACUUGAGGAGCGGACGCUCCACGGCACCACCCUUGCUUUGAGGGCCUUGACUUUGCUUUUCGUCUCUCUUCGAUUGGGCGUGCCUGGCAUUCUUGAGCAGCCUCGCCGGUCAAAGAUGGCCUGGCUUCCGGAGUGGAAGCGCCUCCUUCAGCUUGGUGCGACCGAGGCUUACACUGCCUCUUGUCCUUUUGGCAGCCCUCACCAGAAAGAGUUCCGCUUCUUGCAGGUCUGCAUUGACCUU